UACCCGACGAAUUUUUUUAAAGUGUCCGACAAUGCAGGCCUGGGAGCAGACACAAGAAUUUCAGACUUAUAAUAACCCAGGGUCAGUGGCAUUUAACCCUGGGGACGACAAAUGUUUCACGGGUGGGUUUCGUGAUGAUGGCGAAAUAAAGGUUUGGAGACUUGAUUCGGAGCACCCUGAAUAUUCUUUGAUUGGGCAUUUUGAGGGUGUGCGCUGCCUGGAUUUUAUCAGACGAGGAGAUAAACACUAUUUGGUCAGUGGCUCUAUGGAUUGCACUGCCAAGAUCUGGAACUUGCAGAAAAGGAAGUGCAUUUGUACGCUGGAAGCUAUGUCUCCAGUUCGUUGUCUCCUUGCCCAUCCAGAUGACCUUCCAGUUCUUAUUACAGGAACUGAACAUGGCAUCAUUCAGGUGUGGAGCUCCGUUGAUUUCAGGCUCAAAAGAACCAUUAACUUAGGCGGUGGUGGACCUGUUAUUGGUCUCGCAUGUAUGAUGGGCUCACAGAGGAUUGUGAUUGGGCAACAGAACGCAAUGUCUACCAUGGGAAUCACUAACGACAAAGCAUUGAGACCGAAGAGUUUUAUGCCCUGGGCGCAGCUCCGCCGGAAGAAGCGACGUGUGCACAUCCGUGGGCUGGCUAGGGCUUACAAGGAUCCAGUAUCUCUACAAACUGGACUAUUGACAAAAAAGAGUGAUGUCUACAGUUUUGGAGUACUACUCUGUGAACUUGUAUGUGGGAGGAAGGGCACAUAUUCGGACCAUAACAGCUUACGGAGACAUUUUUUUGAUGCUCACGAAAAAUGAGAAGAUGCCGAUUGAGCUGUUUGACAAGGAAAUUGCAGAACCAGGAGCUUUGAAGCUUCUUGGUACCCUUGCAAGCGUUGCCAUGGAAUGCCUUAAUCUUGACAUUGAUGAAAGACCAGCAAUGACAGAUGUAGCAGAGCACCUUCUCAUGUUGAAGAGAUCUCGUAACUAGUUAUAGAUUAUUGUAUGUUUGAUGCGAGACAAUAGGCUUCCUUGCAUGCUUGUGUGUUUAUUUUUGGGGAUGUUUUUGUUGGUUCCCCCAAGCGGUACCUCUGUUAAAUUGGCAAUCCCAGCAUUUCUAUCCUUCCUCCCUGUUUCCACUCAAACCUGAUUUAGGGCUUUAUUUUGAAGUGGGGCUAUUGUGGCCUUCAUUCUAAAAAUAUUCGCUACAAUAUAUUGAUAUAUUCUCUCCGUUCUUAAAUAUAAGUCUUUUUAGACAUUUUAAAUGGACAACAACA